AUGGGGGACUCGGAAGACCUCAUCAACUUCGACGUCAUCGAGGGCCAGAAGGAGAACAUCCAGUCCCUCCCAGGCGGCCGCUCCGCAAAGAAACUCGCCGGCCUGUUUGCACCCUUGUCGACGGGUAAGAGCCAGCCGCCGACGCCCAACGACACAAACAACAUCCACGACUGCAUCCGCGCAGAAUACGAGGCCGAGCUCGCCAACGCCGCGGACCUGGACGACCCGCUGGAUGUCUACGACCGCUACGUCCGCUGGACGCUAGACGCAUAUCCCUCAGCUCAGGCGACGGCCCAGUCGCAGCUGCAUGUGCUUCUCGAGCGCGCCACAAAGGCCUUCAUCGGCUCACCGCAAUAUAAAAACGACCCCCGCUAUCUGAAGCUGUGGCUCUACUACAUCAAAUUCUUCUCCGACGCCCCGCGCGAGACCUUCUUGUAUGUGUCACGCCACGGCAUCGGAGAGGGGCUCGCCCUCUUCUAUGAAGAGUACGCAGCCUGGCUAGAGGGCGCAGGUCGCUGGAACCAGGCCGAGGAGGUGUACAAGCUGGGCAUCGAGCGGGACGCCCGUCCCCAACAGCGCCUGGUGCGCAAGCUGGGCGAGUUUGAGCAGCGCCGCGCGCAACAGGCAGGCGACGAGGCUGACGCUCCUUCCUCGCCGGCGUUGCCAACCAUGCGACCUGCACUCGCUGCCAAGAUGGACCCGUUUGCUUCGUCUUCGGCUCCUAGCGAUCCUCAAGCGGCACAGAGGCAAGGUGCCACAGCCAGCAGCAGUCGGUCUUCUAAGCCGGCAAAGUCCAAGCUGGCGAUUUUCUCGGAUGCCGACGCCGCACCACCGCCCGCACUUGGCUCACGUGACGCAGGACCCCAAGGAUGGGAUACUAUCGACUCGCUGGCCCACCGCAAGAAAGAGAACGUGAUGGAGCCCAAGUCCUGGGUGGGAGAGACACUCAAGACUGGGUCAAGGAAACCCAGCGGACCCAAGAUGGCUGUUUUCAGGGACACGUCGUUAUUGAUGAAAUCCCAUAUACCAAUUGAUGCCUCUCAACAUCAAGUGACCGUGGACCCUCGGGCUGGCAAAAGGCAGCGCAUAGUUUUCGACCUGCGAGUUUUGUACCCCACGCCCGACAUUCCCGGGUCUGAGUUGAGUUUUGAGGAAGUGCUGCUGGCGAGGGCUGGAUGGCUGGAUGAAAGGCCAGAGACGCCGCCCUCUGUCGAACAAAGGGUGCCUCUGAGGGAUGAGAACUACCGACCUUCCCCCGUAACCUCACAAGUUGAUCUUCUCGACGAGAACGCCCCACAAAAGCUAGUCAUCCAUCGUGACACGGCCAGACCCUCUCCUUUUGUUGAAAGAAAGGUGCCCUUGAAGGAUGAAACCCACAGAUCUUCCCCUGCAACCUCACCAGUUGACCUCUUAGACGAGAAUGCUCCGCAAAAACUAGUCAUUCAUCGCGACACAACAAUACCCCUGGAUGAAAAUGGAGCUCCGAUCAAGCCAAUAUCAAAGGAGGGGAAACCAAGGAAGAAGAAAGUAAUGGAGGUUAACGAAACACAAAUAAUCAAGGCGAAGCUGGACUCGCCAUCACGACCAAAGCUGCUCAAGAGGAAAGGCACCUCUGAGCCGACGAUGACCAUGCAUACCCGGGCUGCAACGGACGAUAUUUAUGACAUAUUCAAUGCACCGAUCAAGCCAGUUACUCAGGAGGAAGAGCAAGGCAGUGCAGAUGAGGAAGACUACGAUACCGAUGGUGACUACACCAGCGGGGCAGAGAGUGGUAACACAACGAGAGCGAUCAGUGAAGCAGGGGAUGAGGAAGAAGAAGACGAUGAUGAUGAUGAUGAUGACGCGGCUGAAGAGGAUGAGGCCAUUGACGCCGAUGACACAGCCGAUGACAAGAGCGUCAGCGAAUGGUCUGAUUUUACUGCUCGAAAACACAUACCCAACCUGGAUGACAUUGGGGCGGAGGAAGAUAAAGAUGUCACAAGGGCAUCCAACUUUACCGAGGAACCCAGCCCGGACCUACCUCCAGAAGAGGACGAAAUCCUGGAACUGCCAACGCCAGUAGACGAUGACGAUGACGAUGACGAUGACCCUCGAACCAGGACAACCUUCGUACCCAUUCCACCUGAAGACUACGUUCCAGAGCGCCGCACAUAUCGUGAUCCUGUCGAGAUGGCUAAUAACCGUCUGCCGUUCAUGACGCCCAUCACCGAGCGGACAGAGACUGACAUCAACAUGGGCUCCGGCGGUGGAAAUCGUUCUGCCUUUACAAAGACGCCUAGUAGGUGCCGGCGUACUCUCCCAGAGACCAGCGACGACGAAGACGAAGAUGGGAAUGCCGAGCCGCCCAGCAGUCCUUUGCGAGACAUUAUGGACGAUGAGCCUGCACCACCGAGGAAGGCGUUGCAACCACUUGUGCCCAAGGUUGUGGGCAGGGCGGCGCUUCAACCAAAGAGCAUAGCACCCAAAGGGCCCAUCAUUGCGGACCUACAGUGCAAUCCAGUCGAGGAAUCCGUCAGGGCCGAGAUCCUAUCCAAAGCCAGCCCGGCACUUACUUCACAGACACGAUAUUAUGACCACAGGCCUGGCAAAUACGAAAAGGGCUCCGAGAUUCGGAAAUAUACCAAGGCCCUCGCCAAGGCCAAAGCAACCGGAGACAAGACCAGCAGCCUCCCAUCACCGCCAACAAUUGAGUUCCCCGGUUGUGAAAUGAAGUAUACGGUCAAGAAGGAGCUCGGAAAGGGCGCCUUCGCCCCGGUCUUCCUGGUCGAGAACUCAGCUCCCGACGCUGCAGACACUCAGGAUGAAAACGCGAUAGAAAUGGGCAAGGGAGCGUUCGCCACUGCGCACAGCCAGCGGAGCCACUUCGAGGCGCUAAAGAUGGAAACCCCCCCGUCGGCGUGGGAAUUCCACAUGAUGCGCCUUGCCCACGACAGGCUGGGCCCGCAGCACCGCGCUGUAGCCUCGCUCUCGGCAGCGCUCGAGUUCCACCUCUACCAGGACGAGGGCUUCCUCAUGCUCCCCUUCCACCCGCACGGCACCCUCCUCGACGUGGUAAACCUCUUCCGCGCUGAGCCGUCCGGCGUCAUGGACGAGACGCUCGCCAUGUUCUUCAGCAUCGAGCUCCUCCGCACCGCCGAGGCCCUGCACUCCAAGGGCCUGCUGCACGGUGACCUCAAGGCAGACAACUGCCUCCUCCGUCUCGACGGGCCCUCGGACCCCGGCGCCGGCGCCCAGCUCAGCUCGCAGUGGCGUGCCGACGGCAGCGGCGGCUGGUCGUCGCGCGGGGUCACCCUCAUCGACUUUGGCCGGGGCAUAGACAUGCGCGCCUUCCGACCCGACGUCCAGUUUGUCGCCGAUUGGAAGACGUCGCCCCAGGACUGCGCCGAGAUGCGCGAGGGCAGGCCCUGGACCUGGCAGAUCGACUGCCACGGGCUCGCCGGCACCAUCCACUGCCUCCUGUUUGGCAAGUACAUCGAGACGGUCCGCUGCGACGCAAACAUGCCUGGCACCGGCGGCAGGCGCUACAAGGUCCGCGAGAGCCUCAAGCGCUACUGGCAGACCGACAUCUGGGCCGACUGCUUCGACCUGCUGCUCAACCCGGCCGCGCACCUCGAGGCCGAGGACGGCGCAAAGAUGCCAGUCCUCAGGGGCAUGAAGAGCGUCAGGGAGCGAAUGGAGGUCUGGCUUGAGGGCAACUGCGAGAGGGGUGUCGGCUUGAAGAGCUUAAUGGGCAAGGUUGAGGCUUGGGCAAAGGGGAGGAGGUGA